GAGCCGGCAUAAGGAGGAGUGGAGGGGGGUAGUAAAGAACACACAGGGCAACAUCACCAGGGAGCCCCCCCAAACCGAGGACAGUAACGUGAGCCCCGACCCUCCUCAGCCGGCGCCUCUCAUGUCUUCUUCUGUAACACUGUAACGAGAAGCCAGCUGUGCAGUAGUAACGUUGUACAUAGAGACCAUAUAUCCGAGCUCCUCUAUUCUUAGCUGCUCUGCCCAUAGAGGUGUCAAUGGGGGAUUACGGGUUCGGGUUACUGCAGACGGCCGGCAGCGGAGCUGGCAGCAGCGGGGGCACCGGCUUAUUCGGUGGGGGAGCCUUCAGGAGCAGCCAGCAGUUCCCCUCGUCGGGGGGCAGCGCCCUCUUCUUGCCCAGCUACCCGCAGGUGAUGCAGGAUGAGCUGCUGUUAGGGGUGAGCUGUGCCCACAGUAAGACCGGCGGAGGGCAUCACCAGGUGUCGCCGCCUGCCCUGCUGCUGCAGCACGGUGCCCAGGACAAGCAGCUGGGGCACAAGAGGAAGGACUACAACCCCCAGGAGAGCUCGGCUGCGUUCAGGGAGGAGCUGAAGAAGCCUGGGGAGGUUAAUCAUCGCCAGGGAUCUCCCAAAGCGGAGGAUCUGGGUGUGGAGGGUCCUGACAAGCUGCUGCCAGCCUCCCCUUCAUCGUCCUCCUCUUCCUCCUCCAGCUCCUGUUCUGCAGAGGAGGUGGUCGCCGCUGCUGGAGACCCCCAUGUGUCAGGGUCUCCUCCAUCUCUGGGUGGUCACCAGCUGCCAGCCAAGAACAAGCUCCAGAUGGACGGACAGAGUGGGCACCUACUGAGCGGGAGCACCAACCUGCUGGGCAGCCCCUACCCCGGCUCUCCUGACUUACCCAGCACUCAGAGCCCCGGAGGAUCCAGUUGUUCUCCCUCACUGCCCGGCUUUGGCACCCCCUGGUCCGUGCAGACCUCAUCCCCUCCGCCGCCCCCACCAUCCCAGCUCCCCCAGCAGCAGCCAGCUGCGCCCCACCCUACCGGGCACAACCUGAACGCCCUGCAGAGCCCGGAGCCCGACGGCUUCUACCCUGGCAUCCCCUCCUCCAUCAACCCGGCUUUCUUCCACAGCUUCUCCCCUGUGUCUGCCAACCCUUGCCCUGGCAUGAACGUGCCUGGAUUCAGCAGCCCCUUCUCGGCUCACAUCAACCUGACCCAGCAGCAGCAGAGCAGGAGGUCCCCUGUCAGCCCCCAGCUCAACCCUCAGCACCACCAGGCUGCAGCCUUCCUACAGCAGAGGAACAACUACAACCACCAUCAGCCGAUGGUCAAGCAGUCUCCAUGGAGCAGCCACCAAGGCAGCGGCUGGAGCACGGGCAGCAUGUCCUGGGGAGGGAUGCAUGGCAGAGACCGCCGUACUGCUAACAUGGGAAUGCCUGGCACCAUGAACCAAAUCUCCCCUUUAAAGAAGCCCUAUUCUGGGAACGUCAUCGCCCCACCGAAAUUCACACGAUCUGCACCAUCGCUCACACCCAAGUCUUGGAUUGAUGACAAUGUGUUCAGGACGGACAACAACAGCAACUCUCUCUUACCCUUACAGGUGAGAAUGGAUCGUAGCCGAAUGUAUGACAGCUUGAAUAUGCACUCACUGGAAAACUCCCUCAUUGAAAUCAUGAGAGCUGAACAUGAUCCCUUAAAAGGUCGUUUGAACUACCCCCAUCCGGGGACGGACAGUCUUCUCAUGCUGAAUGGGGCUUUUGUCGAGCGGACAAUGGGCGAGAGGGUGAAAAAGUCUUCAUGCAAUUUUUUCGUCCGGUCGCAUUGGGCAGAUAAAGCAAGGAGUUAUGGGAGAAGACGAGGUCGCUCCUCUCUCUUCCCAAUAGAUGAUGGUCUGCUUGAUGAUGGCCAUAAUGACCAAGUCGGCGUUCUGAAUUCACCCAAUUGCUACUCUGGACAUCAAAACGGCGAGAGAAUUGAACGCUUUUCACGAAAGGUGUUUGUUGGUGGACUUCCCCCUGAUAUAGAUGAAGACGAGAUCACUGCCAGUUUUCGUCGGUUUGGUCCCCUGGUGGUAGAUUGGCCCCACAAGGCAGAAAGCAAAUCUUACUUUCCACCAAAAGGAUAUGCAUUUCUUCUUUUUCAAGAAGAAAGCUCAGUUCAAGCUCUCAUUGAAGCCUGCAUCGAAGAAGAUUCCAAACUUUAUCUGUGCGUUUCUAGCCCCACCAUCAAGGACAAGCCAGUUCAGAUUCGCCCCUGGAAUUUAAGUGACAGCGACUUUGUGAUGGAUGGGUCCCAGCCGCUUGAUCCCCGGAAAACAAUAUUUGUAGGAGGAGUCCCCAGACCACUGCGAGCAGUGGAACUGGCUAUGAUUAUGGAUCGUCUCUACGGGGGAGUUUGCUAUGCCGGAAUUGAUACCGAUCCAGAAUUGAAGUAUCCGAAAGGUGCCGGACGUGUUGCAUUCUCCAAUCAACAGAGCUACAUCGCAGCCAUCAGUGCUCGAUUUGUGCAACUUCAGCAUGGCGAUAUUGAUAAAAGGGUGGAGGUGAAGCCAUACGUCUUGGAUGACCAGAUGUGCGAUGAAUGCCAGGGAGCCCGUUGCAGUGGAAAAUUUGCUCCGUUUUUUUGUGCCAAUGUCACAUGCCUGCAGUAUUACUGUGAGUUUUGUUGGGCGAACAUCCACUCUCGCGCCGGGCGGGAAUUCCAUAAGCCACUGGUGAAGGAAGGAGCCGACCGGCCUCGUCAGAUCCACUUCCGCUGGAACUAGACAUCGCUUGUCUACCACUCACUGAGAGAAGGGUGCAUGCGGCUUACUGUGUUUAAAGAUACUGACCUGCAGAAGAAAUAAGUGCAUUCUUCUGCUUCUCACCCCAGUCCUCUACACGUGCAUCUGUAUCAGCAGCCAAAACACUAAAAGCCUCUUGUUUUUUCACCAAAACCCCACAUCUCAGGCUUACUAAUUCUUUGUGAUAUAUUUUCAUGUUCUUUUUUUUUUUUUUUUAUAUAUAUUUUUUUCCAAGUUCUUUUUAUAUGUAAUGCUGAAAUUAGAUAUGGGAAUGUUCUGCAUAGGGGCAACACAGUCUGCUGCUAUAUAAAUAUAUAUAUCUAUAUAGAUGAAGUGUGCACUUAUUUCUAGACAUGGAUUUUUAACUUAAAAAUCAGCCCCAGUUAUUUACCAAAGGUAGCAAUUAAUAGUGAAAAAAAACAAAAAAUGGAAAAUGUCUGCUACUAAAAGAUUAUUUUUAUCGUUGAUAUUUUAAGUGUGUAUGUAAAUUUAAAGAAAAUAUAGGGUUGAUUUUUUUUGCUCUCCAUUUUGACUUGCAAGAAAUAAUACCUCAGAUAAUCUGAUUUUUAUUAGCUAUUUUUAAUCAUAAGCUGUAUUAGCUUUGCUGCUACAUAGGUGUUGUGUGUAAUGCCACCUAUUUAUACAGGAUUGAAACGUUUUCAAAAUCUGCAUUGCAGAAAAUAAAAAAGGCAGGCAGCACAAUAUGGCCGAAACUGCCAUAGUUUUAGAAAUGUGAAAUAUGCAUGUUUACCUACCUGUCUACACCAUAUGCAUGCACUGGAACUAUUAACUAACCACAAAUACGGUAUUGCAGAUAUAGAAGAAAAAAAAAAUUAUAAAAAAAUAAAAUAAAAAGCUCUUUUGAAACUAGGUACAGUAGCAUGAGCAAAAUGACAAAAUUUUGUAAGAAAAAAAAAAGCAUACUUGCAUGAAUUGUGACUCAAGUAAAACAGAUGUCCUUAAAUGUGUACAAUAUAAAAAAAAAAAUGUUUUAGAAUAGUAAGUGCAGCCAUUUUGUGUCCUGGUCAGUAGUGGACAUCAAUUUACAAGGAUUGGGUGUAAUAUUGUAAUCCCCGUGCAAUAGUCGUGGUGUGUGAUUCUGAUUCUUGUGACGUGAAGUAGCAUAGAGGGAAAAAAAAAACUGGAAAAAUUUGAAAUUUUAUUCAAAAAUUAGUUUUCUCUGCCCAAUUAAAAAAAAAAAUAAUUCACGGAUUUUAAAACUUUCUUUUAUCUCAAAAACAUAAAAGACCAAAGAUGGCCAGCACACUUGUAAUCAGCCACCAAAUGUAUAACCCACGAGCUACGUAUUGACGCCUACUAGUUAGAAAUAAUAUGACUAUUAAUAAUAGAAAAUGAAUGCUUGACGCUUUAGAUGAAAUAAGUCAAAAUGGAGAUGGUAUAUCGCCGACGGCUAGUUGCAUAACAAUGCCCCUUCUACCUUCAAGACAACAGUGACGCGUGGCUAAAGUUGAAUUUUGUAAUUGAUUCCCCAGUACACUUUUUUUUUAUAUAUAUUUUAUUAAGGCUGCUAUUUUUUUCUAUUAUUUUUCAUAAAAAUAUAUCUAUUUAUUUAAAAGGAAAUAAAUUUUGGCUAGGAAAAAAAUAUUUACAAUAUUUUAAAUUGGGCCACGGGGUAAUGCAACUAGCCCAAAUUUUUUUUUUUUAAAUCAGUACAAAAAGGCAAUUUAUAUUUAAUCCACAAAAUAUAAAUUUUAGCACAGAAUUGAAAAGGAAAAAAAAAAUAUUGGAUUUUCCUGGUAAAAUCCAUGGGACAAUCUUCUGUGUACGAAAAAAAAAAUUGUGUUCCUACCGGUUGUCGACAGCGUGCUUUUUUUGUACUGUACAACAUGUGACUUGUCUCACUUUGCUGUUAUGUGGUUGUAGUUCACGUUUUAAAUGUUUGAAAAUUGUUGCUGUUCCGAAGAGUACUUCUCUCUAAUUUAUUUAUGUACCCUUAAUCGUAACUUAAUAUGAUCUGUCCUGUUCCCCGGGUCUUCAACUCUUAAUAGUAUUUAAUCAAUCUUCACCCUUCUUUCCGCCUAUACCCCCCUCAAACAAUCCCAGUUUUUUUAUUAUGCACUAUAUUUUAUAUUUCUGAAAGAAACCUUUGACAGUCGGCUGUUUUUGGAACACGCUUGUUUUAAUUCACAUCUCUUUUUUGCAAUACCUCGAUUAUUUGCUUUUACAAGGAGGGGAAAAAAAAAGUUUCCAUCAAUCUUAAUGAAUUAAAAUUUUUAGAGAGGUGAAAACGCAAAAAUAAAGUUGAAACUGUCGGGAAAUUUUUUAUUUUUAAUUUUUUUUUAGCCAAAUAUUUG